AUGCCCAGCCCAGCGCCCCAGGCUGCCGGCGCGCUGCGUUUGCCUUUGGUGCAGGUGCUCGUAUGCACACCUGUGCGUCACAGGCCGGGCCCUGCCUGGUGCCGAGCCCACGCGGAGGCAGUGGCGCCACAGCCCGAGUCCACGCACGAGGCCCUGGCGCUGCCCGCAGCCGCCGGCAGCACGCAGCCUCGGGACAAGCGGCAGGCGCGAUGGGAAAGGCAGCGCGCUGCAGGCAAGCAGAAACAGCACCUGGAGCAGCAGCACCAGCAGCAGACCGCAGGCGCACAGGAGCAGAAGCAACGGCACCAGCAGCAGCAACAGCCGGAGGCUGCGCAAUCGCUCCAGCGACUGCAGCAAGCAGCGGUCCCCUGGGCAGCGAGUCCAGCUGCCGCAGCUGUGGCGGCCGCGGCGGUGGCCGCAGUCUGCGCCGGCCGCUACGUAGUACCGCUCGCUGCCAAGUGGGCCGCGGGGCGUGAGGCAGGUGCCAGCGCAGCAAGGGGCCCGCUGGCGCAGCCGCCAUUGGCAGGUGGGGCUGUGAGCGAUCGCAGCUCCGGGGCUGCCAUGCAGAUCGCAGCAGCCGCGCCCGCGCGCCGUCCGCAGGCGCCCGCUGCGGGCCCUGCGGAUGCAGCCCCCCUGCCUCGCGGGUGGUGGCGGGCGCUGCCGCGCGUCCACUAUGUCAACUUUGGCGGCGCCCACGGCCUGCUGCCACGCGUGGCGCUCGACCCUCGGCGCCCCGCGCGCCAGCACCUGGUGGCAUUUGAGGACGCGGCUGACGCCGACUACGUGGCCGGCUGCCUGCGCGACGCAUUGGCAGAGGGGCCCGCGCCCGUCGGCGUCAGUAGCGGCGGCGGGGACGACGCGGCUGCCGCGGUGGCGCUGCAGGCCGCGGUGCGUGGGGGCCUGCGGCCGCGGGUAGUGGGGUCAUCCCCGCUGCUGCUGGAGGAUGUUGCGGCGCUGCAGGGCGCUGAGGUGGACGUGCUGCCGCGCGGGCGCAUACGCCACGGCGCAGGCAUGGGGCUCGAGGCUCUGGCGGCGCUGCUGCAGGAGGAGCUUGUGGGGGGAGGCGGCGCCGGCGCGGGCGGCGGCGCGGGCACACCAGGCGCGCCACGGUCCCCAACGCCUCGUGCGGCGUCCCCGGCAGCUGCUGCCCCCGAGCUCACCAACGUCUCUGGCCCCGGCAGCGCUGUCAUCGGCAGCGGCCCGGCGCCUCCUGCCAGCGGCGGCUUUGUUCCUGUGAGCACCGACCUGCCCGACCUCCUGCUGCGCUCUCUGCAGUCACUGCCUGGCAGCAUGGCGGCGGCCGCCGCGGCCGUGGCAGAGGUGGGGGCCACACCACCGCCACAGCCACGGCCACAGCCACAGCCACAGCCACAGCCACGUCCUCAGCAGCCGCUGUCCCAGCAAGUGGAGGCGGCCGGAGCUGCGGAGGCGGAGGGUUCUGCUGAGCCGUGGGGCUCUGCGAGCCCGGCCGGGGCAAAGGCCGACCUGCCAGGCAGCGCGCAAGUUUCAGGCACAGGCUUGGAGCAGGCGCAGGCGCAGCUGGAGCAGCAGCCCCACGAGCGCAUGGGCGCGGGUGUGGGGCAGGCUCCUGGCCCGAGCGCACUCAGCAGCAUGCCGCCCGCCGAAGCCGCCAGUGACAGCAGCGGUGGAGUCGCGCCCGCGCCUCGAGUUGAGGCCCCCACCAAUGCGGCGAUGAAACGCGCCCUUGGCCUCUUGAGUCCAACAUUUGGCAAGACACCUCAGGAAAUCUCGGCGAUGCAGCAGGACCUGCUGUCGGAGUUCUAUCAGCUGGAGGACGCCUGGCAGGAGGGGGAGGGCGGACGGGACGACAACGAGUGGUGGCUGGACAGCAAGGGCACGGGAGAGGAGCAGCAGCAGCAGCAGCAGCAGCGGCAGCAGCAGCAGCAGCAGCAGCAGCAACAGCGGCAGCAACAGCAGCAACAGCAGCAGCAGCAGCAGCAGCAGCAGCAGCAGCAGCAGCCACCGAGCGGCGCCCGCAGCUCGCCUGGUCCCCAGCGCUGGCCCGCGAGUGGCCCAUCAGGUGUUGAUGGCGGUGGCCUGGGCGCGGAGGUGUCUCUGCUGGAGCAGCAGCUGGGGGCGGUGCUGAAGCAGCAGCGUGAGGAGGAGGAGGGAGGCAGUGGCAGCUUGGGCUCCGGUGGCCGGGCCGCUGCACCCGGCCUGGGCAGCGCAGCACGCGGCCUGCGUUCCGUGCACUCCCAGCUGCAGGCGCUGCAGCGCCGUGUGGGCGACCACGUGGCCUCCCUCAGCAGUGUGGAGGCCCUGGAUGCGGCCGGGCUGGUGGCGCCUGACGGCACCGUGGACAGGCGCGCAGGGCUGGGUGCCAUGGUGAAGCUGCAGGACACACUGGACGGCCUGAAACAGCUGCAGCGCCAGAUGGAGGUCGCGGCCGCAGCGGCCGGCAUGGAGCUGCCAGAGGAUGGCCCACGGGCGUCUGACAAGAUGCGGCGGGCCCUGGGUGUGACGCCGGAGGACGAGGCCAACAUGCAGCGUGACAUAGCGGAUGCCAGGGCUGCAGCCGUGUCCGGCGCGGCAGGUGCCAUCAGCGGGACGGCCAGCCGAAGCCAAACAGGCGGCCGCAGCAGCGCCAGAAGCGACGGCCCUGGGUUCAGCUGGCAGAGCAGCGGCGCGGAAGGCAAGCCGCAGCCAGUGCUCUCCGCUGUUGACAUUGCUGCAGAGGAGGUGGGAGAAGCACCCCCGCUCUCUCAGACGGCACAGCAGCCGCAGCAAGUCGAUCGUGCGCAGGCCAGCACCACCACCCCCACCAGCAGCAGCACCACCAGCACCACGAGCAGCAGCAGCAAUAGCAAUGUUGGCGGUGCAGAGGGUAGCCAGCGCGAAUGGGGCUCCUGGGCCCGCAACAACCGCGCGGCUCGUGCUGGCGGCUCCAUGUCGGCCCGCUCCCAAGCCCGCACUGGCACCAAUGGCAGCGGCAGCGGCUCGGCACCUGGCGCCAGGCCCGACGUAGCAUCGCCUAGCCGCCAGGCCGCCUCUCGUGGCGGCGCGGCCGCCGCGGGGGGUCCCGUGGUGACGGGGGACGGUGCCACCAUUUUGAGCAAGCGCGUUGGCAGCAGCCGCGCCCCUCGGCCGCCCACUGACCCGCGCGUGCGGCAGGACAGCGUGCGCGAGGCCCUGCGGGUGGCGGCCGAUGACUGGCAGGCCGCUGCCUCCGCACCCAGCAGCAGCAGCACCACCAGCAGCAGCAGCCUUGCCAGCAGCGGCGAUCCGGAAUUGGUGCCGUCCGAGCUGCUGGGCGGCUCCUUUGGGCGUGGCGAGCAGCCUUGGUGGCAGCGGCGCUUCUCUGCGCUGUACCUGCCUACCCUGGGGUACCCUGAUGGCUCUGUCGGCUUUGUGCAGGCAGACGUGUCGCUCAAGGCGGGGGUGCGGGACGUGCGCGUGCUGACCUUUGAGGACCGCCACGACUGCAUGCACUGCCUCACGGUGAUGCGCGAGUGGCCAGAGGCGCAGGGCUGCCUCCUGUCCCUGGGCGCCAUGCAGACGGCCACCCUGGAGCGCGACAUUCGCGAGGCCUGGCUGGAGCAGCGCAGGCAGGUACAGGACCGCCGCUGGGCUGACGAGGCAGCGGGGCGCGGCGCCGCAGCGGGGCCAGAGCUCCCGGGGCCGUCCCCGCCCAGCGGCCUGGUUGUGUUCCGGCGAGGCAAGCUGCCGCUGCGCGUGGGCAUGCAGCAGGAGGAAUUCAUGCAGCUGGUUGUGUACCAGGCUGCGGCUCAGGGCGCGCUGGGCCGCGUGGGCUACGACUUUGACGACUGA